AUCAGGUUUUUGGUAUUAGUUGGCGUGUAAUUGCAUUAGAACAGAGAGUCGAUAAGAUUGGCUAAUCUCGCAAUGUUGGCCAGCGUGAUAUUGCAGGUCAGAAGUUGUGGCAGGAAUUAUUUAAGAUCCUACAGCAGCAUGAAAGUCUCCAAGGUGAAAGUGCCUGUUAAGCAGGGCAUUGUGGUUGGUGAACAACACAGGAUGCCCAACGGAUUGGAGUACGAAAGUUUCCUGGGUGUGCCAUACGCUGAACCGCCAGUUGGCGAGCUAAGAUUUCGAAGUCCAGUGCCUUUAGAGCGUUUCCAGCAGCAUGAAUUGGAUUGCAGCAAGCAUGGCGAUGUAUCCCCUCAGAAGGAUCCUUUCACCCUUGAGGUAGCAGGAUCCGAGAACUGUCUGUUCCUUAAUGUGUUCAAACCGAAAUCGACACAUUCGAAUUCGCCAUUGCCAGUUAUGGUGUGGGUUCAUGGUGGCGGAUUUUUCUUUGGCAAUGGAAAUAGAGACUUCCACUUUCCAGUGCAUCUUAUGGAGCAGGGUGUCGUAGUCGUUACACUAAACUAUCGGCUGGGUGCCUUGGGUUUUCUUAGUUUGCCCGAGGAGGGCAUCUUUGGAAAUGCAGGACUUAAGGAUCAGCGCUUAGCUCUGCAAUGGAUUAAUCAAAAUAUAGCCAAUUUCAAUGGAGACCCGCAGAAUGUUACGUUGUUUGGCGAAAGUGCUGGAGCAGCGUCGGUUCAUCUUCAUGCAUAUACCAAACAUGCCAACAAAUUAUUUCACAAGGCCAUUAUGCAGAGUGGAACAGGCAAUAUGGAAUGGGUUUUCCAAAACCAACCAGAGUAUAAGACCCGUCGGCUGGCCGAGCUAUUGGGAGCAGAGCAGAAUGUUGUAAACGACUCAAAGAAGCUUCUUAAGUUCCUGCAAUCUGAGAAAGUUACUCCCCUGAGGAUCGGAGCUAAUACAAUGUCAGUUUUGACAUCCGAUGAGCGACGUCGUCAUCUACCAUUUACUUUUAAGCCGGUGGUGGAACCGUCCCAUUCUCCUGACAGUUUUAUAGACCAGGAUAUUUUGGAUUUGUUGCAUCAAAGGGAGACGUUAGGAUCUCUGCCCAUGAUAAUGGGAUACAAUUCUGGCGAGGGAAUGGCCAUGGUGACGGCAGCCAAAAAAAAAUUGGAUGUUUUUGAAAAAGAUUUGGCCCGUCUCGUUCCACGAAACCUUAUUAACGAUCCCAACGAUCCCGAGAUUGUAGCAGUAACCGCCGAUAUACGUGAUUUCUAUUUCAAUGGUCAAAAUGUAACCGAAGACCGUCUCGAUAAUCUAGUGGAUCUAUUCUCGGACUACCACUUUACCAAGGACAUGCAGCAUGCAGCUGAGAUUCACGUCGCUUGUCAGACCCAAUCCCCACUUUACUUCUAUCGCCUGGAUUAUGUGGGCGGACGUAAUCUGUACAAAAAGGUCUUUCAAAAUGAUCAUUUGCGUGGAGUAGCACAUGCCGAUGAUAUUUCUUAUAUUUUUCAAAUGUAUGGAGACCAGACACCAUACGAGCCAGCUGACUUGACUGUGUCGCGAAAUCUAUGUAAUCUGUGGGCGAACUUUGCCCGGUACGGAAAGCCAUCAGAGGAUUGGAAGCCAGUGCAAAAGCCUGAACAAGGUGAAUCUUUUCAACUAGAUUUUAUGUUGAUCGACAAAGAGUGCAGAAUGGAACGGAAUCCAGAUGCAGAGCGAAUGGAAUUCUGGCGCACUAUGUAUAAGCGCUACAACACAAAGUGUUGUGAGAGUUUAAAAGCGAAGCUUUAAAUAAAUUAAGUAUAGAUAUAGA